AUGGUGACGUAUGCGGGCAAGCUCGUUUUGGCACCGAUGGUGCGCAGUGGAGAGCUUCCUACGAGGUUGAUGGCUCUCAGAUACGGCGCGGAUUUGGUGUGGAGUCCGGAAAUUGUCGAUAAAAAAAUUAUUCAAUGUAAGCGAGUGGAAAAUGUCAAAUUAGCAACCACAGAUUUUAUCGAUUCGAACAAUAAAGUUGUAUUUAGAACUCAUCCAGCUAGUGAGCGAGGAAGACUCAUUUUUCAGAUCGGCUCGGCCAACCCCGAGCUCGCGGUAGAAGCCGCCAAAGUAGUUGCUCGAGAUGUGGAUGGCAUAGAUCUCAAUUGCGGAUGUCCGAAAAACUUCUCGACCCAUUCAGGAAUGGGAGCCGAGCUUUUGACGAAUCCAGAUGUCUUGGUGCUGAUUUUGAAGAAUCUCGUAGAAAAAAUUGGAAAUGUUUAUCGCAUACCAAUAAGUGUCAAAAUUAGACUUUUGGAUGCUACCGAUCCGGAGCCCAGCAUAAAACUUAUCGACCGCAUAUGCAAGACCGGAGUUGCUAACCUAACUUUGCAUUGUCGGACAAAGCCUAUGAGAAACCGGCAGCCGCCAAUUCGGACUUUUUUACCUCAGAUCAUCGAGACCGUGCAUUCCAAUAAUGUCAGUUUUAUUCUAAAUGGAGCCAUUCGGAAUCGCCAGGAGUUUUACGAGCUUCAAGCCCGGUACGGGAAACAGAUUGGGGCCAUGAUAGCAGAAAGUGCCGAGGCAAAUCCAACGGUAUUUCUGAUGUCUCCAAAACCAUGGGGUCUGGUUGUGAACGAAUUUAUUCAAAUUGCAACCGAUUUUGACAAUCAUCCUAGUAAUACCAAGUAUGUUUUGUUGAACCAAGUGCCGGGAAAGUCUCCAUUUUACCAAAAAUUUUGCCAAAUGAAAAAUAAUCAAGAUUUGCUUUCGGUCGCAGAAUCGAUUGGAGACGCAGGAAAUAAGAUUUUGACAAAAUACCUUCAAAAAGAUGUAUUGACAGAAAUGGACCCAAUUGAACCUCCACGCAAACACACACUCGAAGAGCUUUCGGUUCCACCAAAAAAAGCGAAAACCGUAGCGGUGGAAUAA